AUGGAAGGUUUUGAUGAUCUUCAUGUAUUGAUUCCUCAAAGGGAAACCAGUAAAUUGCAUAUGCUUCAACCUAGUAAAAACAAUACCAGCAGUUAUUAUGUUAGCGAAGGCAACCUCUGGUGGCAAGAACUAGCAUCUGAUUUAAAUGUACCAAAAGAUAUCUUCUGUUCUCCCAAAGAAGAAAAAGAUCCAACUGUUUUCUCCUUAAGGGCUUUAUGUGUGGAAGGUGUCGCUCUAGGUAGAGCUUCUCGAACAAUCCCAAACUAUUUGAUCAAGCUACUGCCACCUUUGAUCAUUCAUAAUUAUUUACCGUAUGCACUUGAAAUUAAAAUUGCAAGUAUUAAGUAUGAAGUGCGUAUUGAAGCAGGAGAAAAGACAAGCGUGUACUUUCUUAAUCUACUUAAAAUGCAUCGAAUAAAUGUAGAAGUACCAAGUUAUCUAGGAAUACCCUGGACAGGUGGUUUCAAUUUAACACCUGAUCUUGAAGAGAAGAUGGUAACAAUGGCAACAGAAUAUGACACUGAAGGUGGUAAUAAACAAUUGGGUUUGAGUUUACGAGUUGAAAGAGGAGGAUCAUGUGAUGUAAUUUUGUAUGCUCCCUACUGGAUUAUCAACAAAACUAGUUUACCUCUUCAACUUCGGGGAUCAUCAUCAGAUGUUGUUUAUGAAGCACAAAGUGAAGAACCUCUUUUAUUUUGCUAUAAAAAGCCACGCCGUAAAUGUGUAAGAUUACGUGCUUAUCAGUCUUCCUGGUCAUCAGCAUUUUCUUUGGAUACAGCAGAAUGUUCAGGUCUAGUUAUAUGCCAAGAUCGUGAGCGUCACAGACUGUAUCGCAUUCUUUUGGUGAUAAACUCAUCUCAGCUCUACCCUCAGUAUACACGUAUUGUGACUUUACUUCCAAAUUUUCUUGUGAGUAAUAGUAGUCGCAAGCAUCUACGAUUCAUGGAAGAAAAUGAAAGAGCUGAUCUUUGGAUUGAUUUAUCUCCUGGGCAAUGUAUACCUUUCUGGCCUGAGACAAACUCAAUGAGAAUGUAUGUAAAAUUUCGUGACAGCAAAGUUGUGUCCCAACAUUUUCCUAUUACUCAAGUACACCAGACAGUUUUACGAAUGGACAAAGGAUCAGGAUUGUGUGUCCAAGUCACUGGAGGAGGUGAAGUGCCAUUUUCAAUUUCAUUUAGAAAUUACAUGGUGGGUGAUGCUCCAGUUCGUGUUGACAAUCUGUGUGAAGAUCUCUUUUUGAAAAUUCAUCAGCAAGACCUUGGACAG